AUGGCGUCACCGCCGCCGCCGCCGCCGAAGCUUCCGAUCCCCGGUCGCCGCAACAUACUCAUCACCAGCGCUUUGCCCUAUGUCAACAACGUCCCGCACCUGGGGAACAUCAUCGGCUGCGUGCUCAGCGCCGACGUCUUCGCGCGGUACUGCCGGCUGCGAGGGUACAACGCCAUCUACAUAUGCGGCACCGACGAGUACGGGACGGCCACCGAGACCAAGGCCUUGGAGGAGAAGUGCUCACCCAAGGAGAUCUGCGACAAGUACCAUGUUAUCCAUGACGAGGUCUACAAGUGGUUCGACAUAAAGUUUGACAAGUUUGGGCGGACGUCCGCUCCUGAACAGACAGAAGUCUGCCAGGCAAUUUUCCAUAAAUUGAUGGAAAGCAAAUGGCUCACAGAGAACACCAUGCAGCAGCUUUAUUGUGACACGUGCGAGCGAUUCUUAGCCGAUAGGCUUGUGGAGGGGAAAUGUCCGACAGAAGGCUGUAACUAUGAAGCAGCAAGGGGUGAUCAAUGUGAAAACUGCAGCAAAUUGUUGAACCCAACUGAGUUAAUUGAUCCAAAGUGUAAGGUCUGUAAGAAUGCUCCACGUAUUCGUGACACAGAUCACUUAUUCCUGGAGCUUCCUCUAUUGAGUGAUAAGUUGGUAAACUAUAUUAACAACACUUCAGUAGCUGGUAUGUGGAGUCAAAAUGCUAUUCAAGCAACAAACGCAUGGUUGAAGGAAGGGUUAAAGCAACGCUGUAUCACCAGAGAUCUUAAAUGGGGAGUUCCUGUUCCACAUGAGAAGUAUAAAGACAAGGUGUUUUAUGUCUGGUUUGAUGCACCAAUUGGGUACAUAUCUAUCACAGCAUCAUAUACGCCUGAUUGGGAGAAGUGGUGGAAGGAUCCUGAUAAUGUAGAGUUGUUCCAGUUCAUGGGUAAAGAUAAUGUGCCAUUUCACACGGUCAUGUUCCCUUCAACACUACUGGGAACUGGUGAAAAUUGGACAAUGAUGAAGACCAUAAGUGUUACUGAAUAUUUGAACUAUGAAGCAGGAAAAUUUUCCAAGAGUCAUGGUAUUGGUGUCUUUGGCAAUGAUGCGAAGACUACUAAUAUUCCGUCUGAAGUAUGGCGAUACUACCUGCUUAUGAACCGCCCUGAGGUAUCAGAUACACUGUUCACUUGGGCUGAUUUACAAGCUAAAUUGAACAGAGGCGGAUACGACUCCAUCAUACCUGAUGCUCCUAAUGUGGAGUCACAUCCAUUGACCAAUGCACUUGCUGAAAAAACUAAUAAAUGGGUUGAACAAUAUCUUGAAGCAAUGGAGAAGGUUAAACUGAAACAAGGACUGAAGAGUGCGAUGGCGAUUUCUAGUGAUGGAAAUGCAUAUUUGCAAGAGAGCCAGUUUUGGAGGCUUUAUAAGGAAGAUCCAGCAACCUGUGCCAUCGUAAUGAAAACUUCAGUUGGUGUUGUCUAUCUCCUUGCCUGUCUGCUGGAGCCUUUUAUGCCUUCCUUUUCUAGAGAAGUGCUGCACCAAUUAAAUAUGUCCCCAGAUGAAGAUCUGUCAUUCUGUGAUGAUAAAGGAGAAACUGCCAAGGCAAAAAGACCCUGGGAUUUUAUAUCAGCGGGACAUAAAAUAGGGAAGCCAGUCCCUCUAUUUAAGGAACUGAAAGAUGAACAAGUCGAGGCGUUUAGGAUAAAAUUCGCUGGCAGCCAAGCUGAAAGGAUCUUGAAGGAACAAGCUGAAGCCGAGGCCAAGAAAGUUGCUGAAAAGCUCAAGGGCACAAAAUUAUCUGAGGGAAGUUCAAAGAAGAAACAAUCUGGUGGUUUGAAAUCAAAGACAGCAGAGGAAGUCUCAGUUGCCAAGCUGGAUAUUCGUGUAGGGCUUAUAAGAAAAGCAGAGAAGCAUCCAGAUGCUGAUUCACUUUACGUAGAAGAGAUCGAUGUUGGAGAAGAGGCACCAAGAACAGUGGUUAGCGGCCUUGUUAAAUUCAUCCCUCUUGAAGAAAUGCAGAACCGGAAAGUGUGUGUGCUCUGCAAUCUUAAACCGGUGGCAAUGCGCGGUAUAAAAUCACAUGCUAUGGUUUUGGCCGCAUCGAAUGAGGACCAUACAAAGGUUGAGUUGGUUGAGCCUCCAGAAUCCGCUGCUGUUGGGGAGAGGGUGACCUUUGCCGGGUUCUCUGGUGAGCCCGAGGCUUCUCUUAACGCCAAAAGCAAAACCUGGGAGAAGUUGUCCGCUGAUCUGCACAGCAACGGUGAGCUGGUGGCGUGCUACAAAGAUGUUCCAUUCACAACUUCGGCUGGAGUAUGCAAGGUCAAGACGAUAGCGAAUGGGGAGAUUCGCUAG